AUGUCGUUGCCUCAUUCCGGCGGUCCGGGGGACUCUGCAAUCGGUUGCGAAGUAGCUGCGGACUCCGGCGCUGGACAACGAUCCCGUCGGGGAAGCGCCACUAGCGACUUGAGCACAUUAAGCUUCUACGGUGGGCUCAAAACCGACCUCCUCGACGCGUUAGAUGACAUCAAGGCUCCCGGAAACUUUGCUGCGUUUGGGGCCAUCCCUGAUCACGACUUUGAGGACCCCGAGUUGGAGGUGGAAGGUGUCGGCGCCAUUGACCUCCCGCUUGACGAGGGACAGGCCCGACAGCUGAUUGCCCAGGCACGCCAGGCGCCGUUCGGUAAGGGCACCGAGACAAUUGUCGACACUUCCGUGCGAAAUACCUGGGAGUUGGAUGCAGCUAUGGUCAAGUUCAAGAAUCCUUCGUGGGGCCGCUUUCUGCUGCGACUAAGCUGCACUAUUCAGCAGAUGCUCGGCAUCAAGUCCCCGAUCGAAGCUCAGCUAUAUAAGAUGCUAAUCUACGAGACUGGAGCCAUGUUUAAGCGGCACACUGACACCAUUAAAGCAACGGGCAUGUUCGGGACCCUUGUUAUCUGUCUUCCAUCUACUCAUCGGGGUGGCCGGAUCGUCGUGAAGCAUGCGGGCCAGACAAUGACGUUCAGCUCCUCCAGCGCACGACAGUCCUUUGCUUGUUGGUAUUCCGACGUGUCCCACGAAGUGCUCUCGGUCGUCUCUGGAUAUCGAUGGGUUCUGACGUACAAUCUCACCUUACCCCCAGAGGCAGCGCGGCCAACGGCCGGACUCGCCGUUGGAGAAGAAAGAGCACUCCGCCAUGCAAUACGGCGGUGGCUCCUGCACGCUGGGGAUAUGGCGUGUGAAGAUGACUCCUUCAACCUCAGCUUAGACCCUGACCGCGACUCUGACCACUUCUACUAUGGUUUGGAGCAUGAAUACACGGAAGAAAGCAUAUCUUUUGCUGCGAUGAAGUUGGUAGACAGGGCACGAGUCCACGCUCUUUCCACUGUAUCUAAAUCUCUUCCUGUUGACAUAUUCCUCGCCGUUCUCGAGAAAGAGGAGCGUAACGGGGUUUAUGGGGAUUAUGAUGAUUACCAUUACAGAUAUGCCUUCGAGGAGCGCGACGAUGAUGACUCCGACGACUCUGAGGCAUACGCGAACCCUCCCGAUCGUACAACAGAUCACAUCGAGUCUAUAUAUUCCAUCAAGAAGCUCGUGGAUUUAUCGGGAAACCAAGUAUUGUCUGGUGUCAAGAUGGUCGAGGAUUCUGCGCUACAAACCGACUUCUUUGGGGACGAGCCUGACGAUGUCGAGGAGUCCGGCUUCACUGGUAACGAGGGAGCUACGGAGACUAACUGGUAUCGAAGAGCGGCUGUGGUCAUCGUCCGUCGUGCGGCUACCUUCAGCUUCCUCUGGGGCUGUACUACCAACCACCACCGUAUUGAGCUUGGUAAUAACACUCACUCGACUAUUUCGUACUUUGCAAGGGCCGCGAAGAAACCGACUUCAAAACAAUGGGGUCUUGAUGCCUUGAAAGAGAUGUCUAUGCGUCGUAUUAGUGGAGCAUCUAUGAUGACGAUUCUAAUGAUUGCGAUUCAGCUUGAGGAAUGGGGGAUGUUCGAGGAUAUUGCGCGUUGUUUGUCGAGUUCGCACUUGGACGGCGUCCCUCCGACUUUCUUUGAAUCGGUGCGUCAUCGCAUCGAGAUAGCGCCAGGUUCCUUUGACCGGCUCAAGGACGGGUAUGAAUCCUUACCAAGCGCCGCCUACCAGUGGAUCUCGCUAAUGUCUCGUAGCCUUGCUUACGCCAUCCUAUCUAACCCACAGCUCGAAUCUCGGCUUUCGUCCCUCAUGGUCGUCGCGCCGCCACCAUCUGCUGCCUCGCUGGCUGUCCCGGUUCGGCAGUGGGCGUGUGGUGUAUUGCGCCAAGCAUUGUAUGACGCGCGGUCAACCAUUCUUUGCGAAGACGAUGGCAAGCACGUCAUGAAAUGCGUGAAAGCCUAUUGUCAAUCAAGCGAUUCCAUUAUGUAUCAAAGCGUCAUCCCUCUGGUCGAGACCAAAUCGACAGACGUUCCAUUCACGAUUACAUUUCUGAAUGAGCUCUAUCAUCACAUGGAGGCAGGAUGGCCCUUGCGCACAUCAAUGUUGGAAAACUGGAAAGCCAUUGCCUCGAAGAUGAUCAACGACAUGAACGUGUGCAAUUUGUACAACUCGGGCAACCCGCCUGCUCUGAAAGUCCCGAAGAUGGAUAGUUCCUAUACAUACAACUUCGGCACGCCGCUCCCAAGAUCUGUCUCGAACAGCAACAGCAUCACUCUUUGCUCUCUCGUCGACUUUUUCGGACUGGAAACUACAGAACUGAUCCCAGCCGAGGAGAUGCACGAGCUCUGGGUCCCAUUCUUACAAGAUCUUGUCCCUUUGCUCGAAACUGGAUCAAUCCCCCUUUCGACACCAAUGUUCCAGCAGAUGUUUACGGCGAUUCUGACUUCGUACAUUACAAAGUUCCUUUGCGAUCCCAAUCAGAAGGUUGGCCGAUUUACUAUGAAUGAGAUGCGCCGUAACCAUCUCAGCUCGAAGUUAUGCAGCGGAGAAUGCUCGACUAAUACGGAGCGGCGGGGAUCACCAUAUACCCUCGUCGUCACUAAAACCUUCGCCAAGAACGACCAAGAGCGGCGGAUGUGGACCAGCCGGAAGGGGAAGGCAGAGCAGAUGCUCAAGACGUUCAACCAGACCAAGUUGAGGAUGCUCCUUGGCGAUAGCUAUAAUAGCAUCAGAAGAUUCGAAGUGCUCACCCAAGCUUGUUCUACAGUUAGCACAAAACGCCCAAAGGUGUCUCCUUCGAGGCUUCUCGUGCCUAACUCCUUAGACCCGAUGUCUAGGGAUUUGCCGUCGUCCUCGGGGCAGCUUCCGAGGUCAAGCUCUAUCAGUUUACCUCCUAUCAUAGGAGUAAAGCGAAAAGUCACUGACGGCGACGUCAUCGACCUGACAGGAGAGGAUUGA